UUUCCUCGUGGCACGGCACUCUAUGGGGAAGUUCAAGUAGAGCCCUCUGAAUUAUUUUUUUUCAAAAGUAAAAAUGCACCUCCUCAACAGCUAUGUCUCUUUCAUGCUCAAUCUCAAAAUGCCAAGUUCCAAACCUUCUUCUUGGGGCCCCAUUUCAUAAAUUAUGAUCACACACAUGUUUCAACUUCUGGGUAUCUCUUCUUCUGAAAGGUCACUUCACAUUAUUUGUACCCUAUAGUACAUAGGUUUUGUGAAUUGUGUAUUUUUAAUUUUAGUUUCCUUAAGUUUUUUGCCACACAGAGAUUGCGUAUAUUUAUAAGACCAAAGGGAUUCAGAAUUUUUUUUGUGGGUGAGAUAGUUUUGGUUGUUGACUAGUUAAAGUCGGUUCGUUUAUAAGUAUAUUGGUAAGUGAACUUGCUUUUUGAGACUUGGGAAGGUUACCAGAUUUGUCAAGAGCAAUUGGUAACUAAUUCACCUUAGUGGGUCUUUUUUUAUGCCUUUAUUUUUUGGAACAAUUGAUUUUACCAAUUGGGUAAGAGAAGAAUGAGGGGUGGGAGGAGUAUGAUGAAGCUUCAGUUUAGCAAGAUCUACUCCUUUGCCUGUGGCAAACCAACCUUCAAGAGGGAUCACUCCCAGAUUGGGGGACAGCGUCAUUCCAGGGUGGUUUUCUGCAAUGAACCUGAUAGAUUUGAGGCUUUGAAUUAUGCUGAUAAUUCUGUUAGGUCCACAAAAUACACUGUUGCCACUUUCUUGCCCAAGUCACUAUUUGAGCAGUUCAGGAGGGUUGCUAAUUUCUAUUUCUUAGUGGCUGGCAUCUUAGCCUUCACAAAGCUUGCUCCUUAUACAGCUGUCAGUGCUAUCCUUCCUCUGUCAAUCAUCAUUGGAGCAACUAUGGUGAAAGAGGGUAUUGAAGAUUGGCGUAGGAAAAAGCAGGAUAUUGAGGUGAACAAUAGAAGAGUUAUGUUGCAUAAAGGUGAUGGCAAUUUUGAAUAUACUAAAUGGAAGAAUUUGAGAGUGGGGAGUAUAGUGAAGAUAAUGAAGGAUGAAUUCUUCCCUGCUGACCUCCUACUGCUUUCGUCCAGUUAUGAGGAUGCAGUUUGUUAUGUUGAGACCAUGAACUUGGAUGGUGAGACAAAUUUGAAGUUAAAACAAGGGUUAGAUGUAACUUCUUCUUUACACGAGGACAUCCAAUUUUGUGAUUUUAGAGCUGUCAUCAAAUGUGAAGACCCAAAUGCAAAUUUAUACUCAUUUGUUGGAAGCAUGGAGUUUGGAGAGCAAAAAUAUCCCCUUUCUGCGCAGCAACUUCUUCUGAGAGACUCUAAACUUCGUAAUACCGACUACAUAUAUGGAGCAGUCAUAUUUACUGGUCAUGACACAAAGGUCAUUCAAAACUCCACUGAUCCUCCUUCUAAAAGAAGCAAAAUUGAAAAGAAGAUGGAUAAGAUUAUCUACUUCUUGUUUUGUGUUUUAUUUCUAAUUGCAUUUGUUGGAUCUAUCCUCUUUGGCAUUGCAACCAAGAGUGACCUGGACAAUGGGUCGAUGAAAAGAUGGUAUCUAAGACCAGAUAAUUCCACAAUUUUCUUCGAUCCAGAAAGAGCAACUGUGGCUGCUAUAUGUCAUUCUUUAACAGCUUUAAUGUUAUACAACUUCUUCAUUCCUAUUUCCUUGUAUUUCUCAAUAGAAAUGGUCAAAGUUCUUCAGAGCAUCUUCAUCAAUCAAGAUAUCCAUAUGUACUAUGAAGAAGCAAACAAACCAGCUCGUGCUCGUACUUCAAACUUGAAUGAGGAACUUGGCCAAGUUGACACAAUACUUUCUGAUAAAACUGGAACUCUGACAUGCAACUCAAUGGAGUUCAUUAAAUGUUCUGUUGCUGGGGUAGCUUAUGGCUGUGGUGUGACGGAGGUUGAGCAAGCCAUCAGUAGAAUUAAUGGUUCACCUAUGAUUCAUGAGCAUGUUGAUAAUAGAUUAGAAUCAAAAACAUAUGUCAAAGGUUUUAACUUUACAGAUGCAAGGAUAAUGAAUGGUAACUGGGUUAAUGAGCUGCAUGCAGAUGUUAUCCAGAAAUUUUUUCGCUUAUUGGCAAUCUGUCAUACUGCCAUACCAGAAAUGGAUGCAGACACAGGAAAUGUCUCAUAUGAGGCUGAGUCUCCGGAUGAAGCAGCAUUUGUGAUUGCUGCAAGAGAAGUUGGUUUUAAAUUCUACAAACGGACUCAGACUUGUUUAUCAAUGUAUGAGUUGGAUCCACUUUCCGGCAAUGAAGUUGAAAGGACGUACAUGAUUCUCAAUGUUUUAGAAUUCAAUAGCUCAAGGAAGCGAAUGUCAGUGAUAGUGAAAGAUGAGGAAGGGAGAAUUUUGCUACUCUGUAAGGGUGCUGACAGUGUCAUGUUUGAAAGGCUUGCCAAGAAUGGGAGGGAGUUUGAAGAGAAAACUUUGGAACAUGUGCGUGAAUAUGCUGAUGCAGGUCUAAGGACCCUCAUACUGGCGUAUUGUGAACUUGAUGAAGAAGAAUAUGAGGUGUUUGAUAAAAAAUUUUAUGAAGUGAAAAAUUCAGUUACUGCAGACCGGGAAACACUAAUUGAGGAAAUAUCUGAUAAGAUUGAGAGGAAUCUAAUCCUUUUGGGUGCCACUGCUGUUGAGGACAAGCUCCAAAAUGGGGUUUCUGAUUGUAUUGACAAGCUUUCCCAAGCAAAAAUUAAGAUUUGGGUCUUGACCGGGGAUAAAAUGGAGACUGCCAUCAAUAUUGGUUUCUCUUGUAGCUUGCUUAGACAAGGAAUGAAACAGAUUAUAAUUCAUUUGGAUAUUCCAGAAAUUCAAUCGCUGGAGAAGGUUGGAGACAAGAUGGCUAUUGCCAAGGCAUCAAGGGAAAGUGUACGCCACCAGAUAUCUGAAGGUCUUCAACUAGUUUCUGCAUCCAGAGGGACCUGUCAGCAGGCAUGUGCUCUAAUAAUUGAUGGAAAAUCACUUGCUUAUGCUUUAGAGGAUAAUAUGAAGAACAUGUUUCUAGAGCUUGCAAAUCAUUGUGCAUCUGUUAUCUGCUGUCGCUCAUCACCAAAGCAGAAGGCACUGGUUACUAGACUGGUUAAAUAUGGAACUGGUAAAACAACAUUAGCUAUUGGUGAUGGAGCUAAUGAUGUUGGAAUGCUUCAAGAAGCAGAUGUAGGGGUUGGAAUCAGUGGCGUUGAAGGAAUGCAGGCUGUUAUGUCUAGUGAUAUUGCAAUUGCACAGUUCCGGUACUUGGAAAGAUUACUUCUUGUACAUGGACAUUGGUGUUACCAGAGAAUGUCAUCGAUGAUAUGCUAUUUUUUCUACAAGAAUAUCACGUUUGGCUUCACUCUAUUCUUGUAUGAGGUGUAUGCAUCAUUCUCUGGACAGCCUGCAUACAAUGACUGGCUUUUGUCUCUCUAUAGUGUCUUCUUUUCAUCACUUCCAGUGAUUGCCCUUGGGGUGUUUGACCAGGAUGUAUCUGCCAGAUACUGCCUGAAGUUUCCUAUCUUAUACCAAGAGGGUGUGCAAAACAUCCUCUUUAGCUGGCGUCGAAUACUCAGCUGGAUGUUUAAUGGAUUUAUUAGUGCCACAAUGAUAUUCUUCUUCUGCACAAAAGCAUUGGAGCCUCAAGCCUUUGAUAAGGAGGGAAGAACUGCUGGAAGGGAUAUGCUGGGAGCAACGAUGUAUACUUGCGUGGUUUGGGUUGUGAACUUGCAGAUGGCACUUGCUAUACGUUACUUCACCUUGAUACAACAUAUUUUCAUAUGGGGUUCCAUUGCUUACUGGUAUCUUAUCCUCCUGGCAUAUGGAGCAAUGCCUCCAUUCAUUUCUACAAAUGCUUACAAAGUCUUCAUUGAAACUCUCGCCCCGGCUCCUUCCUUUUGGAUUGUGACAUUCUUUGUGGCGAUCUCAACACUAAUACCAUACUUCUCAUUCUCAGCAAUUCAGAUGUGGUUCUUCCCCAUGUAUCACCAAAUGGUACAAUGGAUAAGGCAUGAGAGGAGGACAAAUGAUUCUUCAUAGAAUAAUGUAACACGGUGAGGCAAAAAUCAUUGUGGCCAACAACUGAGUGUUCAACAGUACACUUUGCAGCUGAGAGAGGCUAACCACAGUAGAGAGAGAAUUACUAACCAUAGAUAAUAUACGUAUAUUGACAUGCAAAGGGUGUAUUGUAGAGCUGAAACUGUUUGAAUGAAAACAAUGAAGUAUAUGGCCCGGAUAGAAAUUGGAACCGUUGAGAAUGAGAGUUG